AUGACGACUCCCGUCCCCAUAAUCGACUCCCACAUCCACCUCUUCCCCUCUAGCGAGCUCGACACCCUCGCCUGGGCGACGCCCGACGGGCCCCUGUACAAGCAGCACUCCAUCGCAGAAUACCGAGAAGCGACAGCGCCGCAGCACGACCUCCUCUCGGGCUUCGUCUUCCUCGAGACAGACCGCAAGAACGACGAGGCGGACCCCACGCCCGAGGGCGGCUGGAAGUACCCACUGGCUGAGGUGUCGUGGCUGGCGCGGAUCGCGGGCGGGCGGCCGCGGCCCGGCGAGGGCCACGAGGAGGGGGACGCGUCGCUGUGCAAGGGCAUCGUGCCGUGGGCGCCGGUGCCGGCCGGCGCCGAGGUGCUGGAGGGGUACAUCGACGCGGUGCGCGAGACGUGCGUCCGGGACGGCGGCGAGGAGGUCUGGAAGAAGGUCAAGGGGUUCCGCUACCUGCUGCAGGACAAGCCCGCAAAGACCAUGCUGGACCCCAAGUUCAUCGACGGGCUGAAGCUUCUCGGGCGCAGGGGGUUCGUCUUCGACGUCGGCGUCGACCAGCACCGGCGCGGCAGGGCGCAGCUCGAGGAGGUGGUUGAGAUGGUUGACCGGGCGCACGACGGCGUGCCGGACGGGGAGAAGGUCACGUUUAUAAUAAACCAUCUUUGCAAGCCCGACCUGACGACCCUUCAUCCGGCCGACCCCUCCUUCAUCUCCUGGCGCACGGCUAUCUACACACUCUCCAAGGCCGACAAUGUCUAUAUGAAAGUCUCGGGCGCCUUCUCCGAGAUGUCGGAUGCCCUGCGGCAGCAGCCCGCCAACGACAUCUUCGAGUCCAUCAUGCCCUGGCUGGCCGUCGUGGUCGCCGCCUUCGGGCCCGCCCGCCUCAUGUUCGGCAGCGACUGGCCGGUCAGCACUAUCGGCGUCGGCGAGGGCGACGACGACGAGGGCGCGUGGGAGAAGUGGAGGAAGGUCGUGGACCGCCUGUGCUUCAUGAGCAGCUUCAGCGACGAGGAGAAGGAGCUGGUGUUUGCACGGACCGCGAGAAGGGCGUAUAAGCUUGAUUGA